AUGAUCAUAUCAGUUUUAUCAGAUAUUUUAUUAAAAAUUUUCGUAUUGGUUGAAGAAAUUGAAUCUGUACUUGAGAAUGCUUUUCAUGCAGCAGCUCUUAUUAAACCAAUAUCAUCGAUUAUAAAUCCACCAAAAUUAACUUCGUCACAUUUCUCUUCAUCAAUAACAAUUCAUCCACAACAACAUCGUACUACUGUAAUUCCAACAAAUAUUUCAUCAUCAAUACCUAUAUCAUCAAAUCGUCAUUCAUCUGGUAUUGAACAAUGUAAAUUACAUAUAACUUCAUCCGUUCUUCUAAAUCGACUUUUUGGUAAAACACGAACUAAUAUUGAUUUGAAUAAUGUGGAAAAUACGACAAUAACAACAACAGCAACAACAACAACAACAACAGCAACAACAUCAUCAUCAUCAUCUACUAAUAAUAAUAAUAAUAAGCAACGUCGACGACCUGUCAGUGCUGUAUUUAGCCAAGCAUUACAUCGUCUUUCAUCUGCUUCAAUUUACAACAAAAGGUUUUCAUCAACCGAUACAUCACAAAAAUUGGAAAGGCCUGCAACAAUUUGUCAAGCAUCAUCGUCAACGCCUGUCGCAACAAAAUCAAAUUAUCGUCAUUCCGCUAAUCUACAACGCAUUUCUACACCACAAACAUUUACACAUAUACAAGAAGAAGAAAUACUUCGUCCAAUUUGUCGCACUCAAACAACUCCAUCAUUAUGUUAUGAUGAACGUUUAACAGAAUGGAUCUAUCCGAUUGAUGAAACAUUAGAAAAACAAUUGGAACAAGUGGCAUAUUUCUGUAAACGAGCACAUCGAAAUCGAAUCAUAGGUGCAUUAUUGGAGCAACCUGAAGGAGCAUUUGUUAUUCGUUUCUCAGAAUCUAAACGGAAAUGUUUAGCAUUAAGUGUUCGAGUACCAUUUAAGCAUAAUCCAACUGGUGUAUCACAUUAUCUCAUUAUUCGAAAUGAUAAUGGAUUUAAAUUAAGGGGUUCAAACAAAUAUUUCCCAUCAAUACCUAUGCUUGUUACGCAUCAUUCUGUAAUGCCUGAACAACUUCCAUGUCGUUUGAUAUUUGCGCAUUGGGGUAAUAUGUGGAAAUGCAAUGAAAUGAACAAUAAUUAUGAUUAUCCACCUUGUGAACAGGUGGAAUGUUCAAAUGAAAUGUUUAAACAUAAUCGGUGAUCAUUUUGGUUCAGAAUUGAUUGAUUCAAUAAGAAGAAACAAAUAAUCCGGUUUAAUUCAUAGAAGAAAUUAACCUCAAAAUAUUCAGAA